UCUGUCCUGGGGAGACACUGCUGCUCCGGGGGGCUGACCUGGCGGGGAGUGGCCGCGCAGUCCGCUCCGGCGCGGCUUUGUGCGCGCAGCCGCUGGCCCCUCUGCUCCCGGGUCUGCCCCCCGGGACGCCCCCCACCCCCUGGCCGCCCCAGUCAUGCGGCUCUACCUGCCUCUCUGCCGCGGACCUUUGGCAAGCAGCCGCCCACCCCGGGGGCCCGGGCCCUGACCGUGCCGGGAGCUGCUAGGUGUCCACCGUGGGCCCGCCCGCCCCCUCGCGCCCGCCAGGGCCCGGGGCUCCAAAGUUGUGGGCAAGAGCGCCAGUUGCAAAGUUUGCCCGAGGGCUGGUGCAGGCUUGGAACCGGGGGACGUGCGCUGCCCUGCAAUCGGGAGCCGGCCGGUGACCAAACCCUUGUGACUGAGCGUGACCACUCCUCCGGAUUCUCCUCAGCAGCGAGCCUGUCCGAAGGACCAAUGACUGUGUUUCCCGUGCUCUUUCAUUUCUUCCUCCUGCGUAGCCAUGUCGCGAUCUCGCCAUGCCAGGCCUUCCCGCUUAGUCAGGAAGGAAGAUCCAAGCAAAAAGAAAAACAGCCAACUAAAGAAGACAUCCAAGACAGCCAACAAAAAUGCGGCAUCGGUCAAGACUCUGAGCCCUGGAAAACUAAAGCAAUUAAUUCCGGAAAAAGAUGUUAAGAAAAAAACAGAAAGCAAACCACCUGUGCCAGUCAGAAGCCUUCUGACACGAGCUGGAGCCGCCCGCAUGAAUUUGGAUCGGACUGAGGUUCUUUUUCAGAACCCGGAGUCCUUAACUUGCAAUGGGUUUACCAUGGCUCUCCGCAGUACCUCUCUCAGCAGGCGACUCUCCCAACCCUCCAUGGUAGUCUCAAAACCCAGGAAAAUUCCGCCUUCUAAAAGUGUAGAAAAGCAGCCUGAAUGUGAUUAUAAGGUACUCACUGACAAGGGAGUGCAGCACCCAGACAGUGAUUCAGUCCCAAUGCAAGAGGCCCCCAUCCCUCCUGAUGUAGGGAAUCUAAUUGGUGUGCAAAAUGCAUCUUUAGUUAAAAGUGAGAGCCAGGAGACAACCCAGUGUUGGUCCCAAAUAGCUGAAGAUUCCAAAGUAAAUCUCCCUACUCCCAGUGGCCCUGCACCAGAGAUCUUUUCUGGGCAGUUGGAAGGGGCACGUUGUGGGGAAAGACUCUUUUCUGAAGACACAUUGAAUGAUAUCAGCAGCUCUCCUAGAGUGUUUGCUCAGGACACUGGGUGUGCUCCUUUGCCCCAAAGAACAGCCCCUGAAGUUACCUCUGAAAGAACCCCCAGUAUUCAGUUAGAAGACUUGGGUUCACGAGUAGAAUCUCUUAAGCUAUCUGAUUCAUACCUGGAUCCCAUCAAAAGUGAACACAAUUGCUGCCCCACUGCCAGUUUUAAUAAGGUGGUACCUGAAUUGGACCUGGGAAACUUCUUGUCUCUUGGUGGAUCUAUAUAUCCCACUGCAUUAUUAAAAUUCCUCUUGGCACGCUCAGGACUUGGUGCUAACCCAGAUUAUCAAGAGGCCUUCAAGGCUAUCCUAGGUGAAGAGAAAGUUCUUGAUGGGACUUCUGUUGUAGGACAAGCCUUUAAUACUAUCCCACAUCAAUGGGGAUUUCCUGGUGCUAACCCAGUUCAUGGUGAGGCCCUGGGCGAAACCCUAGUCCCACCAGAAAUUCCUGGUGCUAUUCCAGUCCAAGGAGACAUCUUUGGUACUGUCCGAGGUCAACAAGAAGCCCUUGAUGUCAGUGAAGGUGCUGUCCUGGACCUAUCUACCUUCCGUCCUUUUCCUCCAAACCCAAAUUCUACCUACUGUGCUCUCCCCGAGAGGCCUGACCCCCUGAGCACAGUCUCACAUGGGCCUGAGGUCCAGGGUGCUACACAGAUUUUGCCUUUGGGCUCAGGACAAACUCCUCAACCACUCUCAAACUCAGAGUUAAAUUCUAUACCUCCAGAAAUGGCAAUCAGCAAUGUAGAACAUGAGAAGCAGGUUCAUACCAGCUUUCCUCCAGCUAACACUCAGGGUUUUGCAAAUACCCCUGAGGACGGACUCUACCAUGCUUUAAGGGAUGCUGUCCAACUCUCCCAGGCUGCUCCCAGCACCUGGGAAGGAGGGCGCCCCCAGGUCAGCAUGGCCAGCUCCAUCGAUGUUGUCCACACUGCUGGAGUGUCAAUUCCAGUGUCAGUUGCCAGUGCCUCCUCUUCCUUUACAACCCUGUUACCUACUUUGGAAAAGAAGAAACGAAAGCGCUGUGGGGUGUGUGAGCCCUGCCAACAGAAGACCAACUGUGGUGAGUGUACUUACUGCAAGAACAGGAAGAACAGCCACCAGAUCUGUAAGAAGAGGAAGUGCCAGGAGCUGAAAAAGAAGCCAUCCGUCCUUGUGCCUGUGGAGGUUAUAAAAGAAAACAAGAGGCCCCAGAGGGAAAAGAAGCCCAAAGUUUUAAAGGCAGAUAUUGGCAACAAAUUAGUAAAUGGCCCCCAGUCAGAAUUCAUGGAAUACAGUAGUUGUGGUCAUGGGGAAGAAAAAAGAUUGGAAUUGAAUUCAAAUCCCCUUGAAAAUGUAACUAAAAAUGAAGAAAGCAUGACAGGUAUCGAGGUGGAGAGCUGGACGCAAAGCAAGAAAUCACACUUGACAAAUCAAGUCAAAGAAGAGCUUGUCGCAAGCGUGUCAGAAGCUGAAAAUUCAAAAAAAUCCCAAGAUGACAAGAAAACUACAAAACCUCCUAAAUCUUUUACACAAACAAUAAGAAAUGGCAUUAAAAAUGUACCCUACAUACCACCUGAAACAAAUGUGUCAUUUAAAAAAUUCAAUAUUGAAGAAUUUGGCAAAGCCUUUGAAAACAGUUCCUAUAAAUUCCUGAAAGAUUCUGUAAACCACAACAAUGCCAUGAGCUCCAUUGCUUCUAGUGCAAGUUGUGAUCAUCUCAAGGGGAGAAGUAACGUCUUCCAGAAGCCAGGCCUGAACUGCAAAUCUGCUUCCGAUUCUGCAAACUUCAACUUAACUAGUCAUACCAGUAUACACAAUGAAGGUGAUCAACCAAAAACUCCUGAGAACAUGCCAAGUCAAGAAACAAAAGAUGGCUCUCCAGUCCAACGAAGCCUUUUAUCUCUAAUGAAGGAUAGGAGACUAACACUGGAACAAGUGGUAGCCAUUGAGGCUCUGACUCAGCUCUCAGAAGCCCCAUCAGAGAAUUCUUCACCAUCAAAGUCAGAGCAGGAUGAAGAAACAGAGCAUAGAACAGCUAGUUUGCUAAACAGCUGUAAGGCUAUCCUCUACUCUGUAAGAAAUGAUAUACAAGACCCAAAUUUAGAAGGAGAGCCUCAAAGCCUUCCUCAUUGUCCAUCUUUGGAACAGCAAAGCUCAGGCAACCCGGUGGUAUUCAAUGGCCAAAAUGCCCUUUCCAAAUCACACAUCAGCUCCGUUACUGACCAAGCUACCGCAAAGUUACAUGAACAUUCAAAAGUUGCAAACUCAGUGUCUCUUUUUAUCCCCAAAUCAAAUCCAUCUAAAAUUGACACCAAUAAAAAUGUUGCUGAAGGUAAAAUUACUCUUGCUGAUUGUUCCAAAAAUUUGCCUCAGUUGCCAACAAGAAAUAAUAACGUGGGCUAUUAUAACCAGUUAUUGGAAAGCAGCAAAAAUCUUAGUUCAAAGGAGGAUCCAUCCUGUCAGGAUGUAUCAUAUAGUCAAAUUGAGGAAGACGUUGCAACACAAUUAACCCAGCUUGCAUCAAUAAUUAAAUGUAAUUAUAUAAAACCAGAGGACAAAAAAGUUGAAAAUGCUGCAACAAGCCUUGUUGCAUAUAAUGUCCAGCAGAAGUGUGUUCAGGAGAAGAGCAUAACACAACUGAAGCCACCUUCAAGUGUACAAAGUAGUCAUGGCUCAUCAUUAGCAAAGCAAAAGAACCCAACCCAGAAAAAGACAAAAUCCACCCCAUCAAGAGAUCGAAGGAAAAAGAAGCCCAUAGUCGCAAGCAGUGAGGAAAAUGAUAAGAAGAAGCAGGAACAGUUGGCAUAUGAGUAUCGUAAGUUACAUGACAUUUGGAUAGCGUCCAAGUUUCAAAGAUUUGGUCAAUUUGUUCCUCAUGAUUUUCCUGCUCUGUUGGGGAAAAUUCCUCCUUUAACCAAAAUGUGGAAACCACUGACUCAAGCCAGUUCAAUCCAACACAAGAAAGUAUUUCCACCACUCAGUCAGAUAAAAUUUGAGAGAUACCCUGAGUUAACCCAGGAAAAAAUGAUGAAGGUUGAACCAUCAGAUUCCCUCCCAGUAUUUCCUGUCAAAAUGGAAUCCAACGGGCAGGCAUUGCCAGACAGAGCUUCCAAUUCUCAGGUGCAGUCAGCAGUGAAUGUCAAUCAGAAAACUCAUCCUUUGCCCCAGCCCUCUGAGCGGUGUGCUAAUGUAAUGACUGGGGAUGACCAAACACACAUCCACCAGGAUGUCGAAGCGCAACUCCCCCAUCAGAGACUGCCGGCGUUGCCUGGUGCCUCUCAGGAGACACCCUCACCAGACCCAGCAGACCUUCUCAGGAAUGUCAAUGUAGUGAGUUCAGGUGGAAUUACGGUGGUUUCUCCCAAGAACGAAGAGGAAGUAUGUUCAGCCAGUGUUGGACCAUCCCAGUCUUCCCCUGGAGAAAGUGCCCAGAAGAGCUUCAAUGAUUACGCCAUGAACUACUUCACGGAAUCUACAAAAAGGCUGGUGGCUACAACGAAAGAUACAGAAGUGCCAUCCUGCAACUGUCUUGAUCGAGGUACACAAAAAGACAAAGGCCCAUAUUAUACACACCUUGGGGCAGGACCCAGUGUUGCUGCUGUCAGGGAAAUCAUGGAGAAUAGGUAUGGACAAAAAGGAAAGGCAGUAAGGAUAGAAGAAGUAGUGUACACGGGAAAAGAAGGGAAAAGCUCUCGUGGCUGUCCAGUUGCUAAAUGGGUUUUGAGAAGAAGCAGUGAAGAGGAGAAAGUUCUGUGUUUGGUGCGGAAGCGUCCAGGCCACCACUGUUCCACAGCUGUGAUCGUGGUGCUCAUUAUGAUCUGGGAAGGCAUUCCCCUGCCCAUGGCUGACAGACUGUACUCGGAGCUCACAGAGAACCUCAGGUCAUACAACGGCCAUCCCACAGACCGAAGAUGUACACUCAAUGAAAAUCGUACCUGUACUUGCCAAGGAAUCGAUCCUGAGACUUGUGGAGCCUCAUUCUCUUUCGGCUGUUCCUGGAGUAUGUAUUUCAAUGGGUGCAAAUUCGGGCGAAGUCCUAGCCCCAGAAGAUUUAGAAUUGAUCCCAGCUCUCCCUUACACACCUACUAUGAAAGAAUUACUAAACGACGUAAUCGACAAAGAAGAUAUGUGAAACCGGAACCAAUCUGUCCAAUACACAAGGCCAUGGAAAAAAACCUUGAAGAUAAUUUGCAAAGUUUGGCUACAGAAUUAGCUCCAAUUUAUAAGCAGUAUGCUCCUGUUGCUUAUCAAAAUCAGGUAGAAUAUGAACAUGUUGCCCGAGAAUGUCGGCUUGGCAGAAAAGAAGGUCGUCCUUUCUCUGGAGUCACCGCCUGCUUAGACUUCUGUGCCCAUUCCCACAGGGACAUCCACAACAUGAACAAUGGAAGCACUGUGGUUUGUACUUUAACUCGAGAAGAUAACCGUUCACUGGGUGUCGUUCCUCAAGAUGAGCAGCUCCACGUCCUUCCCCUUUAUAAACUUGCAGAUACCGAUGAGUUUGGCUCCAAGGAAGGCAUGGAGCGCAAGAUCAAAUCUGGGGCCAUCGAAGUUCUCACGCCGCGCCGCAAACGAAGAACCUGUUUCACCCAGCCCGUUCCUCGCUCGGGGAAGAAGAGGGCAGCCAUGAUGACGGAGGUUCUGGAGCGGAAGGUUAGGGCCGUGGAGAAGAAGCCUGUGCCUCGCGGCAAGCGGAAGAAUAACUCGUCGGCGGCAACCCACAACGAGAACAUUAAAAACGUGGCGCUCCAAUCCAUUCCUCACGAAGUGAGGGCAAGCCUGUCUCCAUUCUUGGCCUGGUCCCCAAAGACUGGUUCCAGCACGACAGCUCCGUUCAAGAAUAGUGGAAGGGCCUCGUCUGGGUUUUCUGAACGAAGUAGCCCGAUGCCUUCCGGAAGACACCGUGGUGCUGAUGCAGCUGCUGGAGCAUGCCCCGGCGUGGCACAUCCCGGGGAAGCGGCUGCUCCGCACAACGGGACGGUUUACUCUGAGCCUCCCGCUGGGCCACCCGAGCAGCUAUCAUCCAGCCAGUCAAACCAGCAGUCCCCCUUCGUGCCCACUGCUCAGGAGCUUGCCUCCUCUCUGGGGGAGGAAUAUGAACAGCAUUCUGAGGCCGAUGAGCCCCCAUCAGACGACCAGCUAUCCGACGACCUGCUGUCACCUGCCGAGGAGCCCCACAUUGAUGAGUAUUGGUCUGACAGCGAGCACGUCUUCUUGGAUCCCAACAUCGGUGGGGUGGCCAUAGCGCCCACGCACGGCUCCGUCCUGAUUGAGUGUGCCCGGCGAGAGCUUCACGCUACCACUGCUGUCGCCUUCCCAAAUCGGAACCAUCCCACACGCCUCUCCCUCGUGUUCUACCAGCACAAAAACCUGAAUAAGCCCCAGCAUGGUUUUGAACUGAACAAGAUUAAGUUCGAGGCUAAAGAACCUAAGAAUAAGAAAACGAAAGCCUCAGAGCAGACAGACCAGGCAGCUAAUGAGGGUGCUGUGCUGGCCCCGGAAGUAAAUGAAUUCAACCAAAUUCCGUCUCAUAAAGCAUUAACGCUAACCCACAAUAAUGUUGUCACCGUGACCCCUUAUGCUCUCACACACGUUGCAGGGCCCUAUAACCAUUGGGUCUGAUGGCUUCUCUCCCCUUCUCUAUGCCUUUGGUAGUGCAGUGGAUUUUUUUCAAGGUGCUGUUAAAGAAAGUCAUGUUGUCGGUUACUAUAUCUUCAUCUCACCCAUUUCAAGUCUGAGGUAAAAACAAAACAAAACAAAAAUCCGGGGUGGGUACUUAACUGUGACUAUAUCUUGACAAUUGGUAGAAGGUGCACAUUUUAAGCAAAAAUAAAAAGUUUUAUAGUUUUAAAUACGUAAAGAAAUGUUUUGGCUAGGCGUUAACCUUGAUAGAAUCACUCAGUUUGGUGCUUUAAAUUAAGUCUGUUUACUAUGAAACGAGUCAUUUUUAGCAGAUUUUACCAGGUUCAUGUUCUAUGAUGUUAAAUCAAGACCCACAGUGUUAACUCUACACAGCUCCUGGUGCUUCUCCACAUUGACACAGUUCAACAUAAGCUGAAUUAUUAUUUCAUGGUGCCAUUGUUCCAACAUCUUCCAAUCAUUGCUAGAAAAGUGGCAUAUUUCUUUGAAAUAAACCAAUGAAAUACUUUCUCUCUUAAACUUUCUCCUCUAUAAAAUAAUUCAUUAUUGUUAGUAAUGGUUGGAGGCUGUUCAUAAUUGUAAAUAUAUAUUUUAAAAGCACUUUCUAUUUUUUAAAGUAACUUGAAAUAGUAUAGUAUGAGAAUCUUAUUGUCUAUUGUUUGUGCAUAUUUGCAUACAAGAGAUCAUUUAUUCUUGCUGUGUAGAGUUCCAUCGUGUUAACUGCAGUAUGUAUUCUAAUCAUGUAUAUGGUUUGUGUUCUUUUAAUGUGUCCUUUCACAUUUACAUACUAGCUACUUGUAUAAAAUAGAUAAUGCAAAGAUUAUUAAUUAUCUCUAUGACUGGGAUUAGAAAACAUAUCACCAAUAUUGAUUAACUUUGUCUUCAGAACUAAGUAAGAGUGGUCUCUUCUGAUACAUUGAGCAACAUUGGCCUCAAUUUACUUUCAUCCCAGACUUUCCAAUAUGAUCCAUGAAAUGUGUUUUCAAAAACAGUUGCAAGGAAAUAGGAUUCAGAAGGGUCAAAUGCUUCUAAUGUUUCAAGGUGAUAAAAUACAAUAAUUCAGUUGCCAGAACCCUCCCCUUCCUGAAUUGCCUUAUUUUUCUGAAAAUGGUUCUGACAUCAGAAUAAGAAAAAAUCCCAUAGAAAAAUCUCCUGCGAAAGCAAAUUCCUUAUUGCCAUCUCAUGUCCUCCCUGCCCCAGACAAACAGCAGGAAUGGAAUUAAAAACAAUUUUGUCCUUUAAGAACUAAUUCAUCCAUUCACCUUAGCAUAUUAAUUUGGGGAAAUGAAAACUCAUCUUCCCUAGUAACUGCCUGUGCUCUAGUUAACAGGAAAAUAGGUUUUCUGUUUAUUUUAGUCUUCCCAGUAUAUUUUCCCAGUUACUUGAUUGACUCGUUUUUACAGAAAACACAAUAGGAUUACCCCAAAACUUGUUUCGAACAUGAAGAACCUUCAAUGAAAUACUUGAGUCCUUUAAUCUGCAGAGGUGCUAUGACAUUUAAAGUGUCAGAUUCCUUGGGAGUAUAGAAAACCUAAUGGUGCUUCUCCCUUGGAAAUGCCAUAGGAAGUCCACAAAUGCUAAUUUUGGUGCAAAUGCAAACAGUUCCAGUAAGCUCUCUAAAGAAAAACUCAUUCUAACUUAUUAAAAUAAUAUAUGGUGCAAAGUAUCAGUUUAAAGCUUUUGACUAAUUCAAGUAAAGGAAUAUGAAGGGAUUGUAAAUAACGACUUGUCCAUUGAUAGACCAUCAUCUUGUACAAGUAGAUACCUGCUUCUUGAAUAUGUAAAAUAGGGUAAUUCAUUGACUUGUUUUAGUACUUUGUGUGCCUUAGAUUUCCGUUUUAAAACAUGUAUUUUCUUUUUUGAGCCUAAGGUUUCUUAUACAUAUAAGUAUAUAAAAUAAGUGAUUGUUUAUUGCUUCCGCUGCUCCAAUAAGAUAUUUCCUAGUUUUAGGCUAUCUGGAAUACACCCUUGUGAUACUGUAUGUUAGACUUUAGGCCUUAGUUCCCACUAGAAAUUAUUUCCUCACCAGAUUUAAUGGAUAACGUCUUAGGACAUUUUAUCUGUCAUCCAUUCUUCCAGUCUACACUUCAUUGAAUUUGAAUCCCUACCUAUGAUGUAGUAAGCUUAAAGAAUUAACAUCCUAAAGGAUACUUUUGCAAAUAUUUUUCAAAGACAUAACAAAUGACCUUCAAAACAAUCCAUGAUGCUAUAUCUGCAGUCAUGCAAAUCAUUUUGCUUCCAAGUUUAAAUCAGUUUCUUAACAAUCUAAUGGUUAAACACCAAUGUUGGUUUAUGGGACUACUGGGACUUGUGAAGCUUGGUGCAGCGAGAAACUGAAAAUACUAAGUCUCAACUAAAACAUUUCCAUUCCAUUGUUGUAAUUAACAUCAUGAAUGGACUGCCUCAGCUGACAUCCCCACUAUGGGAACUCCACUCUAUUCCUCCCUUGUUGGACUCUAUUUCCUAGUUUCUGCAGUUCACCGUCCCUGUGCUUCUGCUAGUUCAUUGUUCUUUAGCAUUGUGAUUGUAUGCUGGCCACACUGCUUUUAGAAUGCUCUUUCUCAUCAAGCAAGAAAAUAAAUCGGUUUGAAAUGACAUUUUCACUCACAAAACUGGUCAUCUAACAUUAUUUCUAUACUCUUAUGUUUUACUUAUAAAUAUCAACAUUUUUAUUACCUUUCAUACAGUAUUCAAAUUGGGUUUUAAAUCAGCUCUGCCUUUAGUUUUGGUAUGAUCAUUGAAUUCACUCAUUCAUGACAUCCAAGUUAGCCCAACUGGUUCAUAUAUUGCAGAUUUGCCAGCUACAAUGAGAGUAAUUCCUGCCUAUUGUAGGAUCUCAUUAAACAUCAUGAUGCCCCCUUUAAUGGCUCCAAGGUUGUUGGUGAAUCUUUUCCCUCCUCUUAGGUUUGUCAGCCUCAUCUGCAUCUUCUUUUCUAGUUCAUCCACAAAGUACCAAAUAGAACAUAUCCUAAACUUAAUUGAGAUAUUAUCACUGGGAAGUGAGGCUAUCUGCAAGUGUAUCACUGUAGGUAAAUUUUUGCAACUUCACUACAUCUAUUUCUUUAUUAGUCUGCAUGUGGAUGAUAUAAUUUCAUUUCUUAAACUUCAACUUCAACCAGUUGAGAUCCAUUAGCAAUUUUCUUAGGACAUAACCUCGAUACAUACUUAAUUGAAUGCAUCCCUGUGUGUACAUGUGCUGCUGACAAUUCAUAGGAAGUAACCUGCUUAUCAGUGGUGUCACAGCAGUGGAUUUGCACAUAUUAUCGUUUCACAAUAGCAUGUAUGAAAAUAACCCCAAACUAGUCUUUAACAGCAAAAAUUUGUAUUGAAACUUUUUAUAUGGGGCGAAGUUAUGAUAUUGCAUAACAACUUCCAUCAAUAAUAGGCACAGCAUUUCCUUUGAAUGUGUCAACUAAAUCUGCAACUUUUAGUAAUACAUAGUUACCUUCAAUUUCAUACCUUAGUGCACAGAAAUCCUUUUUUUGUCUAAAUACCACUGUGAGUUUAUGACAAGAGAAUUGUGAAAUAAGGGGACAUGGGAGUGGCCUCUCACAUCAGUGGAAGCCACACUAGGAGUCACAUAGUUCAGCCAGUGGGGCCCAAAGAGUAGAUGUUGUCAUUUUGUAAUUAUGUUUUGUGUUUAUCAGAACUGUUGGCAAAUGAAGUUGAUUUUUCUGAUCCAAGGAUAUUUUGUCAUUGGGAAGUAGCUUUAUUUUGAUACAAGUCAAAAAUAAAAUGGUCUCUUUUUUUUUCCAGAGAGGUUCAGGGAAAGUUCUCAGUAAAAUUGGGUCAAGAUUUCCCUUGCCUGCAGUUUUGUGACCUUUGUGGGAAAACUUUUACCUAUGAAAGUCUCUGUAGUGCAUCCUAUAAAAUGUGACAAUGCUAUUUCAAUAAACAAAUAUCAAAUGGAGAUAGAGUAUAGGCUUUUUAUUCCCCUGUAAUUAGUGUUACUCAUAUACUUAAAAAAGAUUGGAUGAUUCAAAUUAUUGAAGACAGUAUUGGUGUUUCCAUUAUGAAUGCAACUACCUACCAUAGUUGUACCAUUCUUUUCAGGCCCAAUUGACCUCACAAGUAUGUCCUAGCAUAGUUUUGUGUUUGGGAGCUUUUGCUCCUUUUUUUUUUUUUUUUAACUUAUUUUCAAGACAACGAGUUUCUGCCCACAGCUUAAAUCCCCAUUACCUGCACUGGCCAUGGCUGACCAAAUCUCACCGCCAGGAGCUAAUUCCAAGUCUCCCAUAUGGGUGGCAGGAACUCCAGCAUAGCUGUUUGGUGUCACCGUCUACAUGUAUUAGAACACUGUUUUCUUGUGCAUAACCCCUAAACUUGUUCACAAAUGCACUGAAUUUGUUACUUCAGCUUUCUCAUGUGGCACACUGAACCUAGUGAUAUAAUCCCUGUCUGAUUGCCAAAGGAAUUCAACCAAAUCAAAUUGUGUUCCAGGCAGAGCUCUUUGAGCUUUUGAGAAUGAUUGCAUCCAUAGCUAGGAAUGCAAUCCAGAAAGUCAGAAUUAGUAUGUCUUUCCUAAGCAGCUGAACUUGCAAUUCACUGUCAUGCUUUUGCUUGUCUUGUCUGUAUAAAAUACAGACUGUUCUAUUAAUUUCUGAAGUGGUAGAGCUGUCAGGGCAUCACUAUUUUUGUCCUUGUAGAACUCUACAAACUUUAAUCCUCUACCUUCCAGUAUCUGGAUUGCUUUGUUUUAAUCCCUGUUUGUACUGGGCAUCCAAUCAAAUACCAUUGUCUGCUUAAAGCAUGUAUUUUACUGCCUCAAGUAAUCCAAAGGUAUUCCUUAUUUUGCCACUCCUCAUGUUCAUGUUUCUCGGUAGUGUGCAAGAUUUACUGUUUCUAGCUUUAAAAUUCCAACAUUAAUCUUGUUGGUUAUACUCCUUUUCCACCCACUACCGUAAUACUUAUGAUCCUGCUGUAUCAUAAGUUUUCUGCUAGUUUGCUCAACUGUAGAUGUCUUUUAUGUUAAAACAAAACUUGGUUCAUGGUAAUAAUGCUGUCACAUAUAAACCAAGUUAUCUGAUUUAACUCCUUUAUGUUUGAGUAAGACUUUGGAAAACCUUGGUUAGCAUUAUAAACCUACUUUUCCUAAAACAAAUUUUCCCCUAGCUGUGAUUAUAUAAAGCAUCUGUCUUAUUCAUAAGGGAAAAAAAAAAAAAAAAAAAACUCCCAGAUUUCAGAAAGAUUCUCAUUUCAGGAGAAACAGUGUUGAAAAUUUGGUUUCCUCUCCAUCUGGCAGGGUAUGAAUUUAUAAUCCUUGACCAGAAACUCAAAUUGUUACUGUUUGUCUAUUCUGUUUUUACUGAAGCUGCAAUGUCACUAAAUGCACUUUCAAACUUUUUUACAGCUUUUUUCUUUUCCUCUGAUUUUCUGUCAAUUAAAAACCCGGUGGUUCUCCCUCUGGCGGUCUUGUCUCCAACCUCCAGGUUCCCAGCACAAAUGCACAUGGUUCAUUUUAAUAAUAGCAGUGAUAUUGGUCAAGUUGUCUUUUCUUUUAAGGCCUUUUAGAUAUGAUGUACAAAAGGAUCAAGAGCGUUUAUAUUUAUCAGAGCUUUUCAGUUAGAAGCAAUUUGAGUUUUUAGGAGUAGGUGAUACCACAAGACUGAGCUUCCUAUCCCAGGGGCCUUUCUAUCAUCCCAGCAAUGUUUGCUAUUUAUUAGUGUUUGAGUUUUUUAUCAAACAAAUAAACCUAUAAUACACUAAUUGUUCUAAAACA